ACUUUUUUUUUUUAUGAGUACACAAGACGAAGAGACCCAAGGCUUAUUAAGCCAUACUCAGAAACGGUCCAAGGGAAACAAGUUUUUAAUUGCCGUAUCUGCUGCGCUUGUUUUCAGUUCAAUUGGAGUUGUCGUGUCACUCUUGCGCCAUGAUGCUUUAUAUUCAGACAACAAGGCAUCGUUACCUCAUCUUGUUGUUGGUAACAAAGGAGCUGUUGCUGUCGAAUUGAAAGAGUGCUCUGAUGCAGGAUUAGAUAUAUUACAAAAAGGUGGUAGUGCUGUUGAUUCUGCCAUUGCAUCUGCGCUUUGUAUUGGAGUUGUAAAUAGUUUUGCUACGGGUAUCGGCGGUGGUGGGUUUAUGCUUAUUCGUUCUCCCAAUGGAACAUUUGAACAUAUUGAUUUCAGAGAGACGGCACCAGCGGCUGCAUUUAGAGACAUGUUUGUAAAAGAUCCGAUGGCGGCCCAAAUUGGAGGUUUAUCAGUUGGUGUACCUGGUGAGAUAAGAGGAUUUGAAUUGGCUCAUCAAAGACAUGGUAAACUUCCGUGGAAGGAUCUUUUUACAGCGGCUAUUCGAGUUGCGCAAGAUGGUUUCAAGGUGACAGAUUUAUUAUUCGAGAAAUUAGUGAAAUCUAAGGCAUGGAUCGAAAAGUCGCCUGAAUUCUCGAACGUGUAUGCCCCUUCGGGCGUGAUUGCUAAUCCCGGUGAACUAAUUAAGAGACCUACUUUAGCUGCUACUUUAAGAACCAUUUCAUUAGAGGGCCCUGAUGUGUUUUAUAAGGGGAGUAUUGCCGAAACCAUUGUCAAUGCUACACAAGCGGCGGGUGGUAUCUUGACUUUAGAAGAUAUGGCAAACUAUCGUGCAUUGGUGAGACCCACUAUCAGUACAUAUUACCAUGGUCGUAGAGUCACCACAACAGCAGGACCCACCAGUGGCCCAGCACUUUUAUCUGUCUUGAAUAUCAUUGAACCUUACUUUUUCAACACAACCGGUCCAACCGGUUUAAAUAUCCACCGUUUUAUCGAAGCCGUGAAAUACGGAUUUUCUUUCCGUACUGAAAUUGGAGAUCCUGAAUUUAUCGAGAAUAGUGAACGCAUGGAUGAAAUCAUCAGCAAAGAAUGGGCAGAUCUUGUGCGAAAGAAUAUUUCAGAUGACACAACGCAUGAUCCCUUGUAUUAUGAACCCAAGUAUGAAAAUAAUGACCCUCAUGGUACUAUGCAUCUCUCUGUGGUAGACAAAGAUAACGGUGCUGUCUCAUUGACUUCUACUGUGAACUUGAUGUUUGGUGCUAAAUUUAUGGAUCCUGUCACUGGAAUUAUUUUGAACGAUGAAUUGGAUGAUUUCAGUAUCCCCGGCAUUCCUAACAAUUUUGGCUUAUUCCCUAGUCCUUACAAUUACAUCGCACCCUUCAAACGUCCCUUGUCCACCAUCACACCCACUAUUAUUGAAGAUGAAGAUAACAACCUUCAAUUGGUCGUGGGCGGAUCCGGCGGGUCCCAAAUUUUGACAGCCACCUUGAAUGUGAUUUUAAACACCUUUGAUUUUGGCCUUGAUGUCUUUGAAGCGGUGAAGGCGCCUAGAAUUCAUCAUCAAUUGAUUCCUAAUGAAGUUCAAUUCGAAACCGGUUAUAGCGCGGAAAUCCUGGAAGUUUUGAAAACAAAGGGACAUCAGUUCCGUAAUUUACUAGAAACAGGUACAACAUCUGCGUCACAAGCUAUUAGACGAUUUAGUGAUGGUACAAUCCAUGCUGCUAGUGAUCCUAGAAAGCAAGGCGUAGCCGCUGCAUAUUAAAUUAUAUAAAAUAUAAAAUAUACCAUAAUAAACCUUUCUUUACAUCCCCUGUUGAAAUACAUCCACUGAGG